AUGAGUUCUGACGAGAUCCUCGGCACAGACGAGGCCGAUGAUACUGCGCUAUUGUCUCCUACUCCUACAACGACACUCGAAUACAGUCGAACAGUAUCACAAGAUCUAAGAUAUUUGGACGAUGGUUUAACGCACGCCAUCGAUCAAUUGACAACAUUCAAUAGUGAAACCAUGUCCGAUCUUUCGCUAAAAUACGAAUUAAUGCGUAACAAUGAAAGUCGUGUUAUUGGCUUUUUCGCUCGUCAGUUAAUGGUAUUGCAAAGACAAAAAUUGAAUGGUCAAAAUGGUGGAUUUCACAGCGAAUACUCCAAACUAGACCGUUUCCUCUCUGUUUUAAAUAUGAAUAGAAAAUCUAUUGAAUACAUCGCACAACGAAUUACAUUUGAUGAUUUACUGAAUAGCAAAGUAACAGUACGAGAACAGAUUCUAUAUGAUGCCGGCACAAUCGAACCUGAACGAACAGAUUUUCGUAAUGCUCUCAAUGCAUUGAAAGAUUGCAUUGAUUAUUUUUCUCACGGUGGUACAAAUGAUAAUGGACGUUUUUACUGGCAUAAAGAAAUGCCAGCGACGCCAUCAGUUCGCCAACAUCGUCUGUCAGAUACUGCUCUUCCAACUCCACCAAUAACUGAACCAAUAAGAUCAACAUCUGUGUCUUCCUCGAUCUCAACAGAAUUCACGAAUCCAAAUCAAUCACACCAUCAUAAUCAAGUACCGAUACCAUCGUCGCCUCAAACUCGACGAAACAACGUCUCGCAUACGCCGCCACCAUCACGUUUGAAUCAUUUAUGUGUUAAUGGAAAGGGAAGAUGUGAACAUCCGAAUUUACAACUACCUACUGAUGAUAAUUCAUCUCGUCGAAGUUCAUACGGGUCAGAUUCGGAGAGUCGUCUAGCGUCUGAAUUUGAGCACAGUCUUGAGAAUGAAAUAAUCAAUCAAGCGGAUCCAUUGGCUGCGCGUUCAGCAACACCCAAAUCGCCGACAAUUCGUUCACCUACGAUGUCAGGUUCGCCCUUUGGAUCAGCGCAAAAUAGUGAUGCAGAAAACGAUACUCGAAUACCAGAUGCCUCUAUCAAUAAUACACCUCUAUCAUUUCUGGGACAUCGGAUGGCGCACAAAAUUCAGCACAAGUGGAGUAAUCUCAUAAAAUUAUCGACGUGUAAUGUAUGCGCGAAAAAGAUGUUCUUUCUCGGUAUCAAGUGCAAUCUUUGCAAGAAACAGGUGUUUCGAGGAAAAGCAUGUCUUCAUUGCAAAUACAAAUGUCACAAGGAAUGCGUGCCAAAUGCUCCACCUAACUGUGGUCUUAGUGAAGUGAAGUUGAGACGAGUUAUUGACAAUACUGAUAUUCAAACUGCACUUGCUAAUUCCAGCCCACUAUCACGAAAAUAUCCUUCUCCACCAUGGGAUAAUGCAAGCCCAUCACCAUCGGCUUCCGCAUCGGUACCAGGUUCUCCAGCUAUGCACAAUCAAAUGCCUGGAUACCAUUUUACUCCAUCCAUUACUGUUCGUGAAUCGAUUUAUUCUACUCAAAAUGAUCCGGAUAGUUGGGUCGUUAUAGAAACUACUCCUAAAUCUACACCAGAAAUUCCGGAAUCUCAAUCUGAUAGUGAUACUAAUUCAACAAUUCAAACGGAAACAGGAACAAAUCUCAUUGAUUCAAGCGCGACAACUACAUCAAGCAAACUUGUACGACAACCAUCUCAGAGUGAACCAUUAACACAUCCUCGACGUGAAGAUCUUGCUAAAUCAAAACUAUUCGAUAUCAAUUCGUUCGAUGACGAUGAAGUCGAUCAAGAAAAACGAAAUGCUAAUCUGGCAACUUCUAUACAAGAUUGGGUAAUUGUUUUUAAUAACAUAAAAAUAAUCGAAGAAUUGCCACGUUCAUCUGGAACAUUGAUGAAAGCUCACUGGCACGGCGAAAUAGCAGUUCGAAUGAUUAAACCCAGUUCUAAAACUAAUCAAGUCGAUUUUCUCAAUCAAUUCAAAAAUCAAGUAUUUCGUUUACGAAAAGUUCGACAUGAACACUUAAAUUUAUACACUGGUGUUUGCAUUGAAAGUCCAAAUCUCGCUAUCGUGUCAAAUUGGAUUCGUGGUCCGAACCUAUUCGAAAUGAUUCACAUUCGCAAUGAUUCAAUCCCAUUAAAUGUUGCUGUUCAGUAUGCUGCCCAAAUCGCUCAAGCAAUGAGCUAUCUACAUGAAAAGUCUAUUAACCACAUGUCUCUCCGAACAACCAAUAUUUUUGUACAAAACACUCGGAUUAUUCUAACUGAUUAUGGUCUCGUCCCACUAAGUAAAUGCUAUCGGUUUAAUGAUCAACCAGCGAUCAUCGCGCCACGUGGAUGGUUAAGUUACUUAGCGCCUGAAAUCAUCCGAAAACUGGAUCCACGUGAUGAACAGUCGUUCUUGCAAUUCACACCACAAACCGAUGUUUAUGCAUUCGGCACUGUUUGGUAUGAACUUCUAUUUCGGGAAUUUCCAUAUGCUAAACAACCAGCGGAAUAUAUUAUUUGGCGAGCAGGAAAUUCACUCAAACAGCCAUUAAGUAGCGUACAUAUCAGUAAAUACGCUAAAGAUAUCAUUAAUCAAUGUUGGUCAUUUGUUCCUGAUGAUCGACCUGAUUUCGCAAUGUUAUGUAAAUCAUUGAGUAAAAUGCCGGGCAAACGACCAUUAGUGCGAUCGCCCUCAACACCUCUUCAGUACAAUACUCGACCUCACGUAGAAGCACAAUUUUAA